UUCGGCAUGCGCUUGCGCAAGAGUUCCGGAGGCGGUGAUGGCUUCAGGAGGAAUGCGGGGUGUAUGUACCGUGUGCAAGGAGGUGCCCAAGUACCGUUGUCCCGCUUGCCGCGACCCUUACUGCUCCGUGUCCUGCUACAAGAAGCACAAAGAGCAAUGUAUUUCAAAACCUUCUCCUGUGAAAAAUGGAGACUCAGAUACGCAUAUUGUGAAAACAAAGUUUUUGGAGGACAAAGGUAAUGAUUGGUCAGUGGCUGAUAUUCUGGACAGUGAUGAUGAAAAGGACAGAGUCUCUAUUCAGAAGUUGAAGGACCUGGGAAACUCUAAGGAAUUAAGGAACUUAUUGACCAAUCCCCACCUCCGACAGUUGCUGAUCAACAUUGACCAGGCAGAAGACAAAGAGACACUCAUGAAAAGCCAUAUGCAAGAGCCCUUGUUUGUGGAGUUUGCUGACUGCUGUCUGAGAAUCGUUGAUCCUCCUGAGAAAGAAAACACUUUGGAUGUAGAGGGGUGAAUUGGACUUGCUGUGAGCUCCUGUCAACAGGGAGAAGGAACUGGGCAGCUCUUGGAAAGAGGAAACUGAGGCUGGAUCACAGGCAGCUCCAGGACCUGAUGGAGAGACUUCCCCAGGGUUGGGGCUCAGCUAGGAGUCUCCAGCCUCUGCUUCUCAUCUUGCCAGUGAACACAGUGUGCUUGAGCCCAAAAAGAGGUCAUUUGUUUUGUGGAGAGAAAAGUUGACACUGUGCACUGGCUCUUUUAAACGUUUUAUUUUUUGUUGGUGCACAUCACAAGCCGAGGAGGGGGGUUUGUUUGGCAAGAUUUCCCUCUCCUAUACAUCAUCAGCUUAGCUGAGCUUGUUCCUAGAUGGGACUAGUAAUGACAUUUAAAUAAAAUUGGGAGUUAUUGAUUUCA